GGGGUGUGCUUAUAUAAUAUUGGAUCUAAGUAUAUGUUUAAGUACUGUUAUGUUAUAAAUCAGGCGAUAUGGAAUAUUGUCAGCCUCGGGUGAUCUAGGUGACGAAAUCCUCUCGAUCCCAGGACAAGUUUCUGUUCAUUACAAUUACCAUAAUUUUAUGCAUGGUGUGAACGAUUCUUUAAUUGUUUCACAUAAAUAAAAAAUCGUUAUCGAUAAAGUUAUUUUUAGAUUUCGUGUCCUAUUUAAACUAACACUGGUAUACCCUUUGGAUUUUACAAUUAAUAGUGUACUUUCUUUUUACCUGUAAAAAGUCAGUGUAUGGAUUUUUAUUGGAAAAUCCUGCGGAAAACAUUAUCAAGCUUGUUUUACUUUAAUUGCACAUAUCAACCAAAUAUUAAACAGUCGGUAUGGAGAAUUUUAAAGAUAAAGAUAUACAAUUUCCAUGGAUUUUUGUCUACUUCCUGGUUUUGUGAAUUUAUACUUGAAAUUCGUUUAAGUCAGAAUACAAAUAUUAUAUUAUGUUUGUGUUAGACAUCUAAAAUGGAAGAGCAAAUAAACGCUAUCCAUAUAAAAAUCGAAGAGACUCGAAAUGCCUGCAGAUCUAUGCUGAAAAGGAUCACUCAGAUGAGCGAGUGGUCUGGGUGUUCAGAAUUGUGUAACUGUUUGACACUCGCCGAAAACAUAGAUACCAAUAUUGUGUUUAAAGACAUCAGAGAUAUGAAAAGAAGAGUGAAACAUAUCGAAGAAAAGGACAGAGAACGUGAUGAAAAUAUAAACACAUUGUUUCAAGAAUUAAAUUCCAUGAAAAGAAAGCAAGAUUCUAUGCAAGCUCAAAUUGGUGCGUCAACAGAGAGUAUUGAACCUACGCCAAAAUCAUUGAAAAGGAAUAAGGAUAGGGCACCACAAAAGUCAGAUAAAAGAAGGGCAACAAGAGAUCGAGGUGCUGAAUAUCCUGUAAUUGACGAUGGAGACGAUGGACAUGAGAAAAACUUCCACCUACCCGAAAAUAACGAAACAUCAAUUACUGGAAGGGGCAAUUUUUCUAGGAAAGUUAACUUUACACGGACAAACGAACGGAUUCCUCAAAAUAGUAUGUGUACCGCAUUAGUUCCGGUAGCUGAUGCCACAUUGGUUCCGAUUUCUGCUAGUUUAUCUGAGCUAGGAGAACAACAGACCAAGAAGGAGUUUUACUUGUCUAAAGUGGUUUGGGAAGUAGAAGCUAAAGCCGAAGUUCUGAAUGCAAGAAAAACAGAGAUCAGUGAGCUCGAAGGCGCAAAGACAAUUUUACUUCUGGAUACAUCUGCUAGUAUGGCAAAUGGCGAUGCUUGGGUAGAAGCGCAUACUUUCGUCAUGGAUUAUCUUAAAGGUUUAGAGCAGAUUGCCCCAAGAGUCAGUAACAAAGAGUAUGUUAGCAUCGUUACCUAUGGUUCACAGACAAGAUGUCUUCAGCGUUACACGAAUGACUUUGCCUCAUUACGAGCUGCAGUCGAGAGUGUACAGCUAGGGGGACCAAGUCCACUUUAUGGAGGUCUUUUGAUGGCACAUGCUGUUGCUGUAUCACCAAAAAAUGAGGAAUUUAAGUUAAUAAAUGGAAUGCAGGUUAACACGAAAAUAGUACUAAUAACUGACGGGGAACCAACAGAACUUUGCCUUCACAGAGGUUCUGAUAUAGCAGAUCAGGAUAAAAUGGACGAGACAAAGGCGUCAUUGAUAAACGAGGUUGGAGGACUACAUAAGCGCGACAUUGAUCUUUUCUGUGUUCCAGUAGGAAAUGCAAACAUGGAGUUUUUGAACUUAAUCUUAAGUAAAGAACAAGGACGUCGGGUGUUAAACUUCAGAGAUGGUGUUCAUUUCUCUAGGAGGCUGUUCCUCUCUAAUAAAUUUCUGCCAUCUUUUGCAUUGUUUGGAGGGGGUCGUUUUGCUGUACCUCGCGGAGACCCAGAAAUUACUGGGAGAGAUUUUGCACAUAUGCAAGAAAUACUAGAUGACGACAGAAGUAAAAUAUACGACGCAAUGCUCAGACAAGACCAAAACCCAUAUGAAGAAAGCCGGAAUGAAAGAGUGUUACCUAUUGGUACAAGGGUUCGGCGGGGACCGGAUUGGAACGGCGAAGACCAUGAUGGGAACGGGCCGGGAACCGUCGUUGGACAUCAUCUCUACCGAGACAUGGUGUGGGUACACUGGGACGAAAAUGAUGAAAUCAGACAAUACAAUUAUGGUCACUUGGACCAGUAUACCGUGUUUCAAGUGGAAGAGCCACGGAUACCUUUACCCGGGCAACCACUCGAUGUAGGCUGUGUCGUAUGUCCUGGGAAAGACUGGCAAAGUGACGUUACAGAACCAGGCAGUACUGGCGUAGUGUAUAGGAUGCAGGUGAAUGAAGAUGGCAUCAGAAAAGCUGUGGUUCGUUGGGAUAAUGGUCAGCGCGCAGUACACUCUUACGGCGAUGAUAGAAUCUAUGAAAUUCAGAUAUAUUUGGGGGAUGCAAGUGUUGUUCAAGCGCUACAAAAUACAGGAAAAGUGUCAGGUAUUCGAAGGACAGAAAGGAAAGCAGUCACUACUCUUCCAGCUGUAAGAAAAUUUCCGACAAACAAUCCAGCUUUGAAGGUCCAGUCACAAAAAGCAAAGAAAAAUAAAAAUGUACACUGAGCAUACUUUCUGAUUAGUUAAGAGAUAGGUUGAUGGGAAUAAACUGUGAACAGCUUUUAACUCGCUUGUCAGGACAAGCUAUACCAUUUAUCUAUUCCCUAGCAACAUAACUGAAGUCUGUCAAAGUUGUGCUAUAACAUAAGUAGAGUAUUACCUGUGAUUUUAUUUAACGAGAGUGCCAUGAUAUAUACUGACUAUUACUAGUAACCAUUCCUGAUUUUCUAGAUCAGCAUAAUCAUUGUUUUCAUUGAACAAUUAACAUUUCUACCUCCAUCACAUCUUUGUUGUCCGGUCAGUGUGUAAGUUUUGAAACCUACAUUAAGCAAUGAAUUUCUGUUUCACAUCUUGUAGCCGUGUAUCAGUGCCAUACAUCACCGUGUCACGGGAGUUUUCCUCCUAGGUAUUUGUAAAUACGCCGUUGUUGCGUAGCUCCACCGCGAAUAGAGUUCGGAAGGUGAACUCGUGUUCUGCUUACCUGUUGUUUGUUUAAAAGAAGUAGACUUUGGACCAGAGUAUUGAAAAAAACAAUGUGGAUAAAUUGGAAAUAUUACUCACUGAUUCAAGAUUAGUAAUGAUAAAAGCCAAAACCGCUUUAGUAUUUCAAAAAAGAAGAAUGUUUCAUACAUACGUGUAUUUUUUGAUUAGGUCAUCUAUGGUCUGAUUAAGGUUGUGUCGGAUUUUUGAAACUGACAUUUUUAAUUCUUUAAGCAUGCGCUAGUGCUUCUGUGCACGCUCACGGCUAGUAUUUAUGUUAAGAUAUUUUUCUUACUGAUUUUUGUUUGAAAACAUUAACUAGAUAACCAGAUAACGUUCUCGGUGUUUAAUGUGUUCCUGAAACUUGCGAAAGAAAUAUGUCACUAGAUAUAUAAUUAUUACCUUAAUACCUGUGUAACUAUAUAUAGUAAAAAUGGAAGUGAUCCCGUUUAGUCGGCAUCACGAGCAACGUCCAGCGAUAAUGCAUUUUGCAGGCGCGUACCCGGUAUCAUUUUGUCAUAACGCCCCGCUGAACUUUUAAACAUGACUACGUUAAAUUACAAUGGCCACCAUGUUGACGAUAACUAUCAUUUUUUUAUUUGCCAAAAAUAUAGAAAUCAUUAAAAUUUAAACAGUAACUUACCUUUUAAAAGUUAAUUGUUUUGCUAAGCUUUUUUACAUCUAUCAUAAAUUACAAUUAGGCAAAAACAUAGACUGACACUCAGAUUGAAUUCCGGGUCAAUUACAGGUACUGUCGACACUAUAUUCAUAUUUAACUUUAGAUUACAAGACAUUAAUUGAUAGGAAAUGUUUUUGGUAUAAACUAAUAAAAUCUGGUAUUGAU